AUGGCUAUCAUGUGGACACGAGCCGAAAGGCAUAAAUGGAUGAGCCUUCUGUUUAUUGGUGCGGUUGGCCUCUAUGCUUCUAGGGCAGUAAUGCCGAUUACUUCCGUUGCUAUUGCCUCAGAAUUGAAUUGGAAUCGUAAGGAAAUGGGUUUCAUGAUGGGCAUCUUCUUUUGGGGCUACGCUGUUACACAAUACUUGGGGGGUUACUUGAGUGAUGUGUUUGGUGGAGAAAUUGUAAUUGCAAUCAGUUCUCUUGGUUGGUCUAUACUAACCGUUUGCUUUAUAUGGCUGCCAAGCAUCAAUCUUGGCUCAAAUGAUAUAUAUGGGCUUUUCAUAAUUACUCGCUUCUUACUAGGGAUAUUUCAAGGAUUUUACUAUCCGAGUUUAGCAAGUUUAAUGGCCAAUCGUGUUCAAGUAUCUAAUCGAAAUAUCACUUUUGCUGUGAUAACUGCCGGUACACAUUUGGGAACAAUCUUAUGUGGUUCAUUGGGUUCUUACUUAGCUGAAAAUGAUGGCUGGCGUACACCGUUUUUCUGGAUUGGAAUAUUAUUUUUUGCAUGGUCUUUUAUUGUCUAUCUAAUUGUUACCCGUGAAUCGAAGAGACUACCCAGAUUGCAUUUAAUCUUACCUAGAAUAUUAAUAAAUUCAUAUUUCAUUAACAAAAAUGUAACAAUAAGUCGGGAAAUGAAGUCAGAAAAUUGUAUUAACAUACUGGAUGUGAAAGAAAAAAUGAUGCCGUCAGAAUCAAAAUUUGUGUAUAUAAAUCCAAAAAGUGUCGUUAAUGAUUCCCUAUCCAGUGUACCCUUACGACCUUUAAACUGGUCUCUUCUUUUCAGACACAAACCAUUUUGGGUUAUGCUUUUGGCUAAUUUUGUUCAUAAUAAUACAUUUUAUAUUAUCCUCAACUGGUGUCCUUCCUAUUUCCACGAUAAUUAUCCCGAUGCAAGAAGUUGGGUUUUCAAUAUGGUUCCAUGGCUAAUUAUAUUCCCAUCUGUUUUAUUAGCUGGUGCCUUAGCGGAUCAUUGGAUGAAAACUGGUGUAUCUGUAACAAUAGUGAGGAAAAUAAUCACCACAAUUGUUCUCUUAGGUUCAUCUUUAUUUCUUAUCAUCUUAUCAUCUCUGGAUAAUUACUAUGGAUCACUAAUUUGUAUGGCUUUUGCAUUAGCCUUUUUAGGCUUUCAUUGCAGUGGUGUACUGUUGAAUCCUCAAGACAUGGCUCCCAAUCAUAGUGGUCAGUUAUAUGGAAUUAUGGCUACCGUUGGUACAUUUCCAGGAUUUGCAGGUGUCUAUAUGGUUGGUUAUAUAUUAGAAGCUACAAACCAAUGGUCUGUGAUCUUUAUAAUGACUGCUCUCAUCAGUAUUGUGGGUUGGGUUGGAUAUGUGUUGUAUGGAUCAUCAGAAAUUCUCUUUUAA